AUGUCGCCGCCACAGACACCGCCGCCGCCGCCGCCCUACGUUGCAUCGGAAGCCGACGACGAAGCUAGCAGCCCAAGAACCAAACCCGCCAGCCUGGAAGUGAUGGAGAACAACAUGGCUGCCUUUCAUCUACAAGACUCACCACCCCGGGCCGAAAUUCGAGGCGUUCCUCCUAUUCCGCAAUCCGAACCACCAGAGAUUCCCGAAUUUGAAUUCUCAUUCUCUACCCAUCAAACCCCGGAAAUUCUAGCCCCGAUUCCACCUUCCCCAGAAAUACAUCGUGCAACAUUGACGAAGCAACAACCCGUGAAGCAGCCCGAAGCACGCAGAACUAGCGGCACCGACAGUGAAAACGAGACUUCCAAACAGUCCAAGCUGCAAAAAGAUAACCGUAAAUCCCGACCACGAAGCAGUUCUCUGUUUCAACCCAAAUUAUCUGAGCCUCAACAAGGCAAUGUCCAUCCCCAACAAACGUCACCUAUUCCUGAGCCUAGGGGGCGCAGGAGUAUUUCUGCUCAGACGUCUUUAGCUCCCUCCGGGUCCGGGACACUAGCCCCAAAUUCUCGUUCUGCUUCUUCUCACGAUGGCAGCCAAAGUCCAACAAGGGGCAAAUUGCGCCGAAGCUGGCUUCCAGGCGGAGGACGAUCUCGUUCCAACUCGGAAGCAAACAGUGGUGCCAAAUCCGAAGCCUGGGUCCUCUCCGAAGAGACCCAUGCAGAAUAUAAUCCUUCAUUUUUGAGAAAUGGCGAAAAGGUGCCUGAACUGUGGAAUGAGAAUGGAAACGUCUACGUAUUUUUAUAUCCUCGAGCAAGCGGCUCCGGCCCGUCUUUCAAGGUUCCGGAGUUUGUUGUUGGUACCUCAUACGUCUUUAACGAGCUCAUCUAUGCGGAGCAAAAUGCACCAGCAAACGACCGAAUAUCGAGUUUCGGAGGGCGUGACAACCUAAGCGUAUUUGAUGCCAAUCGUAUCAUGUCGCCACCAGUUGGACAUCACAUUGGUGAAGAUCCUUACGCCCUUCGGCUUUAUCUUCCUGCUGCACCACCCACAGCUUCCGCUCACUUGUCUGCGCCUGGAGAGGGAGCCCAAGCAGAGCUUGAUCGAUUGAUUGCCAUAAGAAACCUCUUCGCAUUCCUCACAGGGCAACCCCUGGUUGCAACCAAGACGCACCCUACCACGUUCCACGCAUUUUUCGAACUCGCUGGUCUGUUGCAAGAAUUUGGAUUUUCCAGUCCAGACGGUAGCACCUUUGGCGAGGCCGUAGAGCUCAGCUUCGGCUUCUACUUGGAGCAACUAGGGCUUUCGGAUUGCCGCCACAGCCGUGAGAAGACUAUUGAAGCACUCAUUCUAGGCGAGCGUAUGCGAUGUGUUGAAUUGUACAAUGAGGCGUUCGCUCACGCUGCAGGCAAGUACUCCGCAAUUAUUGAUUUGCGACUACCUCUGUUUGAGCAGGUCUCUCCCCUCACUCGUCAGCGAUUAGAGCGGGCGCACUUGGACCUUAUCAACAGACAACACAAUGUGAACGAACAUUUGGAGCAGUUUGAAUUCCCAUCGCUUUUCGCUGGCAUCGCCAACUCAACCUCGAUUCCCGAGCUGAAGCAAGUUCGAUUCAAAAUAUGGAGAAACUCCUUCAGCAGAAUGCGGCAAUUCCUCCUCAGCUACUACAAGUCGACGUUUGGAAACUGGCCACCCAAGGCUAGCAACAAGAAGAACCCCUUUGCUGAAAGUGGCCUAAACAGACGCGUCCUCAAAAUGCUAUAUUCUGAUAUGUGUGCUCUGUAUGAUCUACUUGUUGAUCGGAACAAUUUAACGUCCCGAGUUAUGGAUGAGACCCCGGCUAUUUCCGAGGAGCCGGGUAAGAUGACGAUAUCAGCGCUUCGAAACAUUCUCUCCGAAUUCGAUCGCUCCAAGCCUCCAGUCUUACCGCCGAUUCCGUUUGAUCUUCCACAGCUCCCUUCCAUGAAAGCCAUCCACGAGACGUUCGACAACAUGUCUCAAAAGGAUCAAAAUCGAAUGGAAAAGAAGAUAAAGGAACACGAGCUGAUCCUCAUCUUAAAUAAGGCGUAUAACUACGAUACAAACCGCAUCAAACUGCCAUUCCUGGACCAGUUCAAAGAGUUCGAAAUCCGGGAGGGUAAGGGCAAGGUUACCCAGGAUUUGGUGGACCAGCGCAUUGGGUACUGGCUGUUCCUUUAUGUGGUGCUUCAGUCUUUACCCAUGCUGGUCGUAGAUGCCCCAGGUGUGAAGCAUACGGAAGGGGUCGAAUACUUCCUGUGUGAGCCCCCAAUGGGCAAUCUUCCAUGGGUCGAGGACAGACAAGUUCGCAAAAUGUGGUAUGAAGUCACCGGCGGUGGUGGUAUCGUUGAGCUGUCCGCAGAUGCUGUCAUGUUCAGCGUCGAAGCCACAUACCAUCGGAGUCACUGCUGGCUUGCCGCAAAGCAAUGGGAAGGACUGGACGGGGCCGAUGCUCCUCCACCUGAAGAGCCUCCCAUGUCUCCAUUGCAACCGCCAGCACCCAUCUUCCCGGGGGAUGAACCUGCGUUGAAUGCGCCACCUGUUGGAGGACCCAGCACCCCAUCACCACCACCUGGUGGUGCUCAACCCGCGCUGCGUCCUCGAAAUCUAUCUCCAGCUCAACGAAAUCGCCAAUUCUCCCGAUCGAGUAUCGCAAUGGGCCUGGAACCAGUGCCAAUGGAACCUCCGAAUGUAUUCGGAACCCAUAAUCGAAGCAGCUCGAUCGGACCUCGGCCGUCCAGCAGCCAUAUGGGACUUAGAAGUGCGUCUGCUGGCAAUCUUGCUGGUAUGGCUGGUCGAUCAGCGAGCCCUGCUCCUCAACCCAAGCCAGCCACCACAGCAGGAGCUACGUUUGACGAUAUCCUCGGCGAGACUACUAAGAAGAAGCCGGCCGCAAAGAAGAAGGGCCGAUUUUUCUAA